CUUUCAACAGCACAGCUUUUUGACGAACAUGCCUCGAACAAAAAGACCAUUGGCAGAAGUCGAUACCAAUACGAAUCCCUCGAAAUCUGCGAAAAUCACAGCGGACCAAGUACCGGGGGGAAAGCUGAGGGAAAAGGAUGCUCAGAACACUACAGGACAGACGCGACGAGCUGACCAGGAGUCCAGCCCAAACUCAGCAAUCGCUCGUGGAAAGUUCGUGGUCCGCAAGCCAAAUUCCACAUAUUCUACCCAAUUAGUUGUCGAAGAAGAGCAAGAUUCGGAUGAACAUGGACCUGGCGCAGGAGAGGCUUUUGACUAUGAUGCAAAGGACGACAGCAAACUCCGUGCUUUUCUAGUCGAUCGACAUCUUCCCACAGCAGGUUCUCGCAAGGAACUGAUUGCCAGACUCGAGAAUUCGUCGAUCGACUACGAAACCCUAUUUUCAACCGAAUUGACCGAAAUUCUCAACAGACGUCAUGUCACCGGUGCAGCAAAUGGCACAAAGGAGAUUAAGAUUCAGCGCGUUCGAAUCAAUGACAAAAUCGACCACAACACGGGAGAUUCGCACGCCACUAUCCUUUACGUCCAGCGUGAGUUGUGGGAGGAUGCGAUUGUCGAGAUGGAGCAAAAGCUUAAGGCAUUGUCCGAAAAUCCCUACACAGUAUUGACGUCCGGACAGCUAGUCAAAAAGCUCGACAAGCAGAAUCUUACCAGUACUGGUAGUAAGGAGGUUAUGGCCAAGAGACUGUGGAAUCACGAGAAGAAAGAUUUGUUCAAGAACAUUAAACUUCGCAAGGAAAAGCUGGAGCAAAACAACGCUGAGAUGGAAUUAUACAUUGGACACCCAGUACCACGCGAUAGAGAUCCACGAGCACAGGAGGAGAAGCACGAGGAUGCCAAGAUACAGAAUGAGAUGUGGGCAGCUCGGAGAAACGCUGUCCCGGUGUGUGAUUAUAAUUGGAAAGACUCGCACUGGGCGAAUAGGACAGAACGGGAACUGUCCGAGAUAUGUACGCGGAGAGGGAUGCCUGGGUAUGGACCCAAGGCUGCGAUGUUGAAGUGGUUAGAUACGGGGAGGAUUGAUUAUCAGGAUAUGUAUAUGGGUGGAUUGACAAGGAUAUGUGGGGAGCGGGGGGUUGAGUACAGGGAGAGUGACAAGAAGGCAGAUCUCGUGCUUAGACUCAACGAGGCCGACGAAGCAGAGGGAAAUGGAUGAUUUGUUGUACGGUUGACGUCAAGCUCAAACAAAGUGAUGAGCAUUGAAGAUCACGAAGGAGUGGAGGUCAUCUCAGAUGAACUCUUAACAUAUGCUCACUGUUCUAGCACCCCGGAUCGACUCUCCAAUUGUCCCCACCUCGAAAUGCCCUCAAUUAUCGCAUCCGGACAAGCCCUCAACAACAUCAUCUCGUACGAGCUUGCUGUCUUCACCUUGCCAAUAUUCCAACGCAUGACAUAAGCCGGAUACGUAACCAAGUUCUGAUUCCCAGUCACUGGAAUCCUUCCUUCCCACGCCUCAGCAUCUUCUGACACCAUCAGUGUCGUCAAUACAGGCACGAUAUCACAGACGCCUUCCAUGAUGGAUUUAUAGAACCCUCUCAACAGCCAUGAGACCAUCAACGCGCUAGAUCCACCUCCGAGAACUCCGACUGCAGGCGUUCCGUCCAGGCAUCCAACACCUUCAUAUCUCUCUCCGCAUUCCUCCUCUGCUGUACAUCCCCGUCAAAAAGCCGCAUGAUUUGAUACAUGAUAAGCGCCUGUAAAUGGAGAAGCCAGCUUCCCAGCUGGACGACUGAUUUCGCCGACUCUCCCAACUUUUUCAAUUUCACAUUCAUCAUUCUGCAAACCAUGGGAUAGUUCUGCGGCGUGCGGUGCAUG